GCCAGCCUACAUUGGAGCGAAUCAUGUGAUGCUGGGGGGGUUAAGUCAUUUGCAAGUACAACACAACCCCGUGCAGAGUUCCCCAUUCAUUUCCUGAGAGCUGCCUGCCUGCCUGCGCGCAGCAGCUGAGAGGCAGAAGGGGAGGGAGCUACACACACAUUCACGCACACACACUCGGUCGCGUCCAUACUCACAGAUAGGAGAGGGGGAAAGGAGACCGUGGAAAGGAAACAGUCUCCACGGCUCUGCAGCUUCUGACAAGGCCGCUGAAGAGACAGGAUGUUAAUGCUUGACGGAAUGCCUGCAGUCCGAGUCAAAGCCGAGCCCCUGGAAUCGGAACAAGGGACACUUCUUCCAGACUGCAAAGUCCUUAUCCAGCGUUGUCUCGUCCACGCUAUAAAAGCCAAAUCACCCAAAGUGCGUCCUUAUUCCGCGAUGGACGGUGUGCCCUUCUUCCUCAGUAGAGUUAAAGCGGAACCUCCGGAAGACCUCCUUGCUCACGACCUGCACUUCCACACACAGACCGAGCCGGUGGACCUGUCAAUCAACAAGCCACGCCCCUCUUCUUCCUCCCACAUCAUGUCAUCCUCCCCGAGGAGAUCUGCCUUUUCACCAUCCUCUUUAUCAUCCUCUUCCUCUUCGUCGCCGUCGGUCAUCACUUCGGCCUCCUCGUUGCUCUCGCCAGGCCCUCUGGUGGCGCCCGGUGGCGGGAUGAGAGGUCAGCCAUAUUUGCACAUCCUGCACUCUGUGCCGCCCCCUCCGUCCAGCCCGCUGGGCCUGCAGGGCGUGGGCAAGCUGGGCAGCCACGUGCACCGCAUCCCCGUGGUGGUGCAGUCGCUGCCCCUCAUGUACACCACGGCCGUGAGAUCGCCCUCCAGCCUCAACAAUGCCAUCAUGCUACCUCUGCUCGACGACACCAAGAACCAGGGCAAAGCGCACACGGAGCCCAACGGCCUGUCGCCACGGCAGAUCAAAAGCGACAGCGAUGACGAUGACCUGCCGAAUGUGACGUUGGACAGCGUCAACGAGACCGGCUCCACUGCACUGUCUAUAGCCCGUGCCGUACAAGACUCCAUGUCACCGUUCAGUAUUGACAGCAUACGGCGCCCGCGGAGGUCAGAGUCGCCUGAUUCGAAAAAGAGGCGAAUCCACAGAUGCGACUUCGAGGGCUGCAAUAAGGUUUACACCAAAAGCUCCCAUUUAAAAGCACAUCGGAGGACACACACAGGAGAAAAGCCUUACAAAUGUACCUGGGACGGCUGCACGUGGAAGUUCGCCCGCUCCGACGAGCUGACCCGGCAUUACCGGAAGCACACAGGGGUUAAACCCUUCAAAUGCACGGACUGUGACCGCAGCUUCUCCAGGUCGGACCACUUAGCCCUGCACCGACGCCGACACAUGCUGGUGUGAGCCCAAAUAGAGCUUGCGUGGAACAGCGAGGCUGCCAGGGGAGCAGGAUCUCCCUGGGAAUGUUUUUCAGCUGGCCUGGAUGCAACACAUCCAACACACAUCCAUCGGAAGAGGAGCGAGAGGGAGCACAAAACAGGGUCAAAUUGGACUUGGAAGGAACAUCAGGAUCUUUUAUUGUUAUUAAACAGCACUGUUUGUAAAUUUUUCACUUGAGAUUUUUAACAUUUUUCCGCUGCUUUUACAGCAUUCAUAAUGUGAAAGACCCCAGUUUGUUCUCCAUGCGGGCGCUUUUUCCAGCAGAUUGGCUGCUGCGCCGUGCUUCGCCAGCAGAGGGCGACAUUUGAUUACAGAAGAAGCCAAAAGAGGGCUGUUCAAGAACCCCCAUUUAACCAUCAUUUAAGUUCAUCAUCACUGCAUGACCAGCAAAAAGCCAUCAGUGAGCCCACUUACAGGAAUAUGGGUUCACUCUGAUUUUUUUUUAAAGAUGGAUCUUCUUCAAAUAAUCUUUUUGUGCUGUGAAUAGCAAUCAGAUCCGUAAAAAAACAAGUGCAAUCUCAAAAGGUCACGCUUUUUGUCUUUAAAGUACUUGUCCUCUUGUACAGAGAACUUUGGAAACAAUCCGGAGGAGACUGACCACCACAGAGGCACCUUAUCAAGGACUCUUGGCUUUUUCUUCUUCUGGUUUUGGAAUUUUCGUGUUUUUUGUUUUGUUUUUGCACAGCAGCACUUGACUUUAAGAUGGCUGAAGUGUUACAAAGAUGGCGGCACACACACACACGUGAACACAGAACAGCAAUACAGUCUGAACACGAGAAGGAACGCCAAGCUCCGCCUCUUUGUUCGGCUUUUUGAUGUCAAGAUUUUUCUCUCCGUCUCUUUUGCUAGUUUGCUGCCUCUACUUUCAUCAGCAUCAAUACACUUUGUCAAAUCUGAAUUAUAGCAACAUUUUCUUGUCGUUUUGUAUGUUUUUGCAGACAAAAGCAGGGGUUGGGCAACUUGCGGCCCGUGGGCCAUACACAGUACAACCUGCGACGGCAUUUAUCUGGUGGCCCGCCGUGCAAAAUGCUAAAAACAAACAAAACCUCAGAGGAAUUCUGACCAAAAGCCACACAAAAAAGCAUUUAACCCACAAAUGUGCAUCAUAUACAGCACCAAGUCCAAAAGUUUGGACGCCUACCCAUUUUAUUGGACGACAACGUGUCCGAACAUUUGACUGCCGCUGUAAAAAUAAAUUCUAAUAAUAAACAUUUGAUUCGUUAUAGUGGAACCUUUAAAAGCCAAACUAAUUUGCUUGUAGUCAAAACCGUUGUCCCCGUAGGGAGAAUGAUGGGAAUUGAUUUAGUCUGUUCCAGUGUCAAACGGUCCGUCUGUCAACAUCAUGAACAGAACAAGGGAUUUGGCAAUUUUCAAAAAUAUACAAAAUAAUGUCACGCUUUGCUACCUGAUUUCUGGAUUUUCCGUUCACCUUUUGGUGUCAUUCAAAAACGACCUUCAAUAAAAAAUAUUGUAAUAUUAAAACAGAAUCUUGCAUUUUGCCCUAGUUGUUAUUUGAAAAUCAGUUUUUGGAAUUUUCAUCUUUAAGUGGCAUUUGUCUUUUUUUUUUUUUAGCUGUGGAAACAUUUUCAUUUCUUUUGUUUCUUUCUUUUUCGUCUUCAAAGAAACAGCCACCAAAAGCCAAAGAAACAGCAAAACGCGCAGCGCUAAUCCCUCCACUCCUAGCGAAAUGAGCCGUGUGUUAUGUCUCAUGAGUUUUUCAACGACUUUUCAAGCGUAUUUUCGCAAAAAUGCUGCUCUAUUUACCAACUGCACGACCUUCAAUUUAUUUUUGAGGUUCCACUGUAAUUGAUCUGAUAUGUCCCGAUUUCUACGCCCGCAUCACCAAACCAGAACAGAACACGUCUGAAAGCGUCCCGGCUACCGUCUACGCUAUACAUUCUUUUUCCAGCUUGCCGGGUUGACCAUGAAGGCAGUCCAUAUUAUUUGAUAGCGUUGCUAAAUGCAUUUAUUGGACUGAAGCCAGUAAAAGGAAACGGUGACCUUUUUUUAAUAGCACCUUGAAACGCUACACGCCCAUAAAAGGUUAUAAUAAACACCCACCCUCGUAUACCUACGCGCAGUCCAGGAGGUAAAUCCACCAAUUCAUGCCAUAUGUAAAAUGUAUAUGUUAUUCUUAUUUAUGUACUGUAUAUAAUUUGUGCACAUAUCAUUACGGGCCGGUUGUGUUAUCAGUUUUAGCAACAGCACCUUCUUCUUAUUUAGUAUGAUUAUUUUUUUUUUGUCAAAUAAUUUUAUUGAAGAUGUCAAUUUAUAAAACAAAUAAUCAUCAUCAUAUUUUAUGAUCCGUAUAGUAUAUAAAUAUAUAUAUAUGACAUUUUAUGAUUGAAGGGCACUUGCUUAUAUAAUGUUUCUGUUUCUGUAAAAAAAAAAAAAAAAGAAGAAAGAAACAAAAUGAAUCUGAAAUGUUGUAAUAUAUGUGAUGAAGUUUUAAAGACAAGCUUGUUUGUACGUUGGUUAAAGAGGGCUUUUUUGAUUAUAGGAGCAGGAAAUAUGUUUAUACAGAAGUCUUUUUUUUUUUUGAAAGACUGGGGUUUAGAUACUUUCUUACGCAGUACAGUGAAACAGGGCUAAAGGGUCUUCAUGCUUUUUGUUUCUUUUCAAAACGCUAAUAUUUGGAUUUCAACCUGUUCCACACCAUUGCAUUUCGGUACAGUAGCUCAACACACACACACACACACACACACACACACACACACAAAAAGUUGAUCCCAAGUUAACUUUUUUGCUUCAUAUUUUUGUUAACCUUUAUACGCAAAAUAAUUAAAGUUAAUCAAAGUUAGCAUAUCAUUAUUUGUGCGUUAACCUGGCCAACAUGCUUUCUUAGUUAAGGACAAACAUCGUCACAUGUUACAAUUGAACUCCCCGAUGAUUAGGAGUUAUUCUUAGAGGUUGCAGCUUCAUUUCCAGCAAAAUUCUCGGAAUUUUUCCUUGUGAAAUUACAGGGGGUUUUUUUCCAUAUAUGACCAUACAGGUAUAUGACUUUAUAGUUGUAAUUUACAACUUUUUCCCAGUAAAAUUACAAAUUUAUUCUCGUAAAAAUGGUUAUAUUUUUCUCAGAAAAACGCAACUUUAAUUUCUUAAAGUGAUGACUUUGUUUUUGUAAGAUUGAAACUUUUCACCCAAAAAAAAAAUGCUAGUUUUUCCUCGUAAUAUUAUUUUUGUUCUUUUUUUCCUUGUAAAAUACUACAAAUUCAUUCUCAGGAAAAUACAAAGAAAUAAAAUACCAUAUUCCCAUAAUCGUAGGACAUUUUCCUGAGGAAAUUGCAAAUGUAUUGUGGUAAAAAUGCUGUACUUUUUUUCUUUUGUCAUAAUCAUACAAGAAUAAUUUCUUCUUGUUUUUUUUUUACUGGAGUACUCUUCUCAAAACACACUUUUUCUUGUAAUAUUUCACAUUUUUGGGGGGAUGAUUACGUUUAAUUCUCAAAUAAUUACCACUUGUUUCCUCAUAUGGUCGUAUAUCACGUCAUUCUCGUAAUGUAUGACUUUUUCCUUGUAAAACUGUGAAUACUUUCUUUCACAUUUUUUUCUGGAAAAAAAUGUAAAUGAGUACAACUCAGAUUUGUCCCCCUCGCAAUAUGAUUUCUUGAUAUACGCGAUUGGUUUCCUUGCAAGAUGAUGACUUUAUUUUAUACGAUUACAACCUUUUCUCAAAAAAAAUUUAAAAAAAAUUAAAUUACAACACUAAUUUUGCAAGGUUAAAUAUUUUUCUCGAAAUUGUGACCCUUUGAUUUUGUAACAUUCUGACUUUACUGUUCCAAGAUUACCAUUUUAUUCUUGGAGCCGAAUUCUUUACUUUAUCAGCGAACAAAAUCCAUUUGUGUGGAACAGGUUGACGUAAAAAUAUUACAAAAAGUCAGUGUUUUCAUUUCAUUCGUCGUAGCUCACGAUCAAAUCCCCAAACGCAUCAAAACAUUGUUGUUUGACAAAUGUUUUGUAAACAUAAAUGGUAUUCUCUUGGUAGCGUUCCCAACCAAGAUAAUCGUAUUGAUCAACAAAACGGCGGUGUAUUCUGCUCGUGUGUUUUAGACAAAUUGCAGACAGGGUGUAUUGUAUUUUCUCCGAAAAACAUCUUUUUCCGCAUUUUUUAAAGCAUAAUUUUGUAACGGUAACCAGGGUCAAAGUUAUGCAAUAAUAAUAAUAAUAAUAAUGAAAAUAAUAAUAAUGUUGAUGAUGAUGAAUAGUGCCUCAUGUCGCAAAUACAGCUUUUGAUUUGAGCAUUUAUUUUUGUUCUUACGUGAAAAACCCAACACGAACAGGCGAAUGAUAUGCAAGUCAGACCUCGGAUGUUUCAACGGUGAAUUUUGAUGCCGUUUUUAUCGUUCACCAACAUUUCACGCUGUCGCUCACCGCAUGUUUUUGUACAUUGUUUGCAAUAACUUUCCAAAUCCAUCCUUUUCAUUUUAGCGAUUCCGCGGAAAGACGAGGAAUCCCGCUUAAUGUAGAUUGAUGCCUUUUACAAAAUCUCUAUCGGUUCUAUAUCUAUUUUACUUUCUGUGUUUUGAUUUCCUGGAGCGGAAGAAUUUGAGUAGUGAAGCCGAUGUUCAAUUUUCUGAUAUUUCGUACAGUAAAUGGUUGUUCCUGUAUUUAUGUCAAGUGAGUGUAGUGUAAAUAUCUUUCAAAUCUCUUUUGUUCCUUUUUCCAAAAUCUUUUGCAAUCUUUCCGUAAAUAAAAUGUGAUAUCGCUCAGCAAACUCAGCUUCAAAAGGGAGAUUUCUGCUCACGGAAUAAACGCAACUGUAAUUUUCGUUUUUUUUAAUCUUAAAAAAAAAAAAAACAUGGUGCCCUUUAUUUGCGUUACACUUUCAUUUCUUUUAAGUAGCUUACCCAGUCAGUGGUUUGUCUUAUCUGUAUUUUUCUUUUUUUCAUAUGGAUGGAGCUGUGAAAUUCAAAUAAGUUGAAACAUAUAAAUGUAUAUUAAUAUGAAUGGAGGCAUGAAGGUUAAUAAAAUUGCAUUUUAUAUGUAACACUUGUGUAAUAUGUUGCUAUUUUAUAUCCAAACACUGGCACACUGUUGAAUGCCCCCUGAAGUCGUACCGUUGGACGUUUCACGUUUCUUUUUUUUCUUUAAAACACUCCAUUUUGAACCGAGGACAUACGGUCUGUGAUGCCACAAUGUCGUGCAAGAUUUCAGCCAGACUUCAGCUUGUUUUGCUUUUUCUUUUCCAUUUUUUGUGGCAAACAGCGCCUAACCAGAUAAGCCCGUGCUGUGUGCAGUCGUCCCGUACCACAUUGUGGUCCCAAUUUCGCAGCUUCACUCUAUCAUAGUUUUCCGAAAAUAAAUAAAUGAAUAACUCAUACUGUUUCAUGGUUGAAUAUGGGCUAUUAUUAGUUUAAAAAGUAUGCAUAUUUAAUCAAAUUUUGUGUUUGUUUUUUUAUUAAGCAUUUUCAAGCAUAACAAUGGCUAAAUGAACAAACAUAUACAAAUAUUAAGCAUUGAAUAGAUACUGUACAUCCAAAGAGGAUGUAAUAUCGUAUUCUACACUCGUCACCAGGUGUCAGUAGUGUUACUGUUACUCUUACGCAAUUUAGAAGGAAGAAGAGGAAAACCAAGGGCCAAAGAUAAAGCUAUAACUCAAUAAAGUUACGGAUAAAUAGUUUCUGUAAGCCAUUCAAGCCAGAACCGCCACUGCCUACCAGUUAUGCUAACGUUUAUGUCUUCCUGUCCCACUCCUUAAUGCUACGUUGUUCUAUGUGAUAUAUGGCAUGUAUUGCGUUGGGCACGUGUAGAGUAACAGUGUAUCUGUAAAAAGUGGAUAAAGUACACAAUAGCGCUUCUUGGAGACGUCUUGAGACAGGAAUGGACAAACAGCUCAUUAGCAUGAAAGCUACAUGCACACAAAACAGUGUUUCCAGUAUGGCUUACUAAAAGCACUUAAAUAUUACAGUUCAAAUAUUACAAGAACAAAAAUUCCAGCAUUAGGCCUGGAUUUUGGACAACUGGACUAUUACGGGACCUCUGCAACUUUUUUUGAUGGAAAAAAAAAAGAUGAAAAACACUAUAAUUGUCAGUGUUUUGUCAUCACACUCCACAAAAACUUGACUUCCACUUUACAAAAGCUACACUUUUCGGCACAUAUGCUGACUAUAAUACAUACAUCAGAAACGUUUUAUUUUGUUAUGGUAUAUUUCAACAAAAUGGGCAGGCAGUGCUGAUUUUAGUGCAGAAAAAUGACGUGAUGAAAGAACAUCAUCCCACGGGAACCAGCUUUGUUUUCUGUUCAUUAAAUUACAGGGGAAAAAAAGUAAAAGGCACUUUGAAAAGGAGCUUGAAGACGCCAAAAACGUCUCGCAGAUGUUCAACACUGCCAGGUGCUAAGUGGGCGGAGGGGGGGAAAGACUUUGAAAUAGCUUUUUGAAGACAAAUCAAUGAAACGUUACUUUCACCUUGUUUAGAGUGCAGUAAAACCAAUAUAACAUCAUGAUUUACUAGCAAAAAUCCCCGACAUGUUGCAAUUUAUAAUUAAUAGCAUUGAAUUGAUAAGACAGAUUUUAUUACAACUCGUCAGGUCAAAUGGUCAAAUUGUGGCCAUCGUAAACACCUUGAACUGUGCAGGCAACGUUUUAAGUAACAUUUGAACAUGAGUGACUGCCAUUACAAGUGUAAAAAGAAGUUAACUGGUACGUACAUGUUAAAAUGUCAAAGGAAAUAAAUGUACUUGCCUUUAGUUUUGAAUAGGGCUGUCAAAUGAUUAAAAAUUGUAAUCACAUUAAUCACAGUUUUUUAAUUGAUUCAUCAUGAUUAAUCACCAUUAGCAACUAUGUGUGAAAUAUACCCAUUUGUACUGUAUUCAAUGACGAGAAAGAUCAAUGACAGGACAGGAUUGUAUAUAUUUGUAUGUGUUAACAGCUCCAAAUGAACUGAAUAUGUCAAUCAAGCCAAAAAAAGAUACCACACGAGUCUAAAAAUCAAUUUGCCGAACACUAGUGUCUUUAAUAGUAAUGCAGCAUUUGAAUCACACUUUAAACCAUGUUAUUAUGAGCAAUGAGGGGUUGUGUUCAAAGACAUCGUGUAAUUUAAGGUAAAUACAAUUUUUUUUCAUUGUAGUUUCCAUCAUCAUCAUCAUUUACAGCGGGAACACACCACUGCUGCCUUCUCCGCUAUUAGAAGUGUAUUUCCUGCCGCACAUUACGACGAGACUGUCCCUAUUUCCGCCUCUUUUUUUGUUUACGUUCCCUCUACCUUCCGUCACCGUAGCGGUGUUUUGACCACCCGUGCUUCACGCGCCGUCUUUUAGGAGAAAAUAUGGAUCCUCUGGGAUUUCCCCUGCUGCGACUCACACAUGGAAGCUCCAAAUUGCGCUGCUUUGUGGACAGUCAUAGCAGCCGUGAGCUUCCGUGUAGCGGCACUUCAAACUCAUGAAACUCCUGAAGAGUUAGAAGUGAGUGAUAAGAAUAUCCAAUUCAUGGUUUUCUUAAUCUUCCUGUUUAUUUAUACGCACGCGCGCAUUAUGAAGCUGUUUUUGUGACGUUCGGAGUGUCCCUGAAUGCAUCUGGCGUUCUUGUAAUGAGAAUGACAAGCGUUGAGGAGCUAGAGACGUGUGUGAGUUGGAGAUACAUACAGUAUAUGGUGUUGGAAUUGUACUGCUGUGUGUGUUCAGGUCGGAAUGAAGUUCUAAAAGAGUGUCAGGCUCCUUGUGACUGUGUGGGGACUCUCCACUGUGCUUGUGGCGACGGACCCGUCUGCAGUCAUAUCAGAGCGUGCUUGCUCUCCUGCGCAUGCGUUAAUUACACCAAAAAAUGUAACGUAUUUAAUGAAAUAAAUUAGUUAUCGCCGUUAACGCAUUAUUUAUGACAGCCCUAGCUUUGAACCAUGAAUUUAGAUCUUACUGCGUGUGCCACUGCUGACUUUGCAACUCACCAGUUGUGUCUUUUUUCAUCUUCUGCACAUUGCAAACUUUAGCCAUGUUGUGAUGUUAGAUGUAGUUCCAUAAAGGCCUGUCUUGGCACAUGUUAGCUAGCGUGACCAGAGAAGACUUGUAUACUCGCUGCAACUUUCCACUUGGCCUUGCAUGUUUAUCUGAUCGCACCCUUUGCCCACAGUCAGUAUCGACUGGCUUCACCCACCUAAGACCACUGGGUCACACAUAGAGACAUACUAAAGGAAGCCCUCCCCUCCGCGGGGUAGGCGGGCUAAGCCAGGUAAAAGGACACAUGACCAGAAGUGCCUCAGACUUGCUCAUGCACGUGUAGAAGACGAGUCCCUGCAGGUGUUUAUCAUUCUUCCUGAUACAUUAAACUGUUCAAGUUAAGCUAUCGUUUCCAAGACUUAUUUGGAAUUAAAGUUAAUGAACCAACAGCGACAAAACUUUUCAGUUGGUCCUUUGAGCCGGAUCUUGUGCUUCCUGCUCGAUCUGCCUUCGACACCUGACGCUUUCAGCAAUUUAAGUGGGUCCGAAUAACAAAGUAAGCAGAAAACCUUUAUUUUGAAAGAGCUCAUUUUCUGUCUGUCCCCGAGUGGGUCAGAUUUGGAAUUGACAAGAAGAGAAAGCUAAAAACCUUCUUCACAAAUUUUGCCCAAUUUAAUCGCAAUAAUCAUAGUCAAUAGGACCAAGAGGAAUGAUUUUCCCCCUUUUUAUAAGAAAAUAAAAAAAAGAAUAAAAAUAAGAAGUAGACAAUGAUCUGAGUUGCCAGAUGUUGCAUCAUAAGUGAGUUGUUUGGAUGAGGAUCCUGCAAGAAGCAAAUGUGCCGUCCCCUUUUUGUGUUUUUAUUUUAAUUUUGCGGUUUUGUGCUACUUGGUAAGGAAAGCAGCUUAAAGGUGUGUAUGUACUACUGAGAGUGCACUGCGUACUGUUGGUAAGGAAAGCCAUUCCAGUGUACACGUACUACCGAGGGUGUGUCUGUUUUGAGUUUGGAGACCAGGAAUCCCGCUGGGGCCUACACACCGUGUGUCUGUGUUGCUGUGUGUGUCGUGUCUUGUGUGAGUUUUUGAAAACUGUGUGCCUGUGUGUUUGUGGGAUUGUGUGUUAAAAUGGCAAAGAAGAUUUGGAAGUCUAGUUUUCAAACAAGGAAGUUGUGGUAAUUAGAGUCAAAAGUCGCUGAGAAAAGUUGUUGAGAGACAGCAUGCUUCAUUGCAGGAAGUAUAUGAGAAUAAAAUUGAUGAUUGGCUUAAAGAAGUGCAAAAACUGGGCGGACUAGGACCAUUAGAGGGUGCUUUGCCAAGUCGAGGAGACCUGAAGGCCUUUAUGAAUUUAUUGAGAUUUCAGGAAAAGACUGCAUAUGCUGAAUAUGAAAGGGCGGGGAAACUCGCUAAAACUAAGAAAAAGACACAAUUGGACACCAUUGAAGAUCUGUUCAAAUGUUACAGUUCCAUCUUCAUAUACGUAUAUCCCUCAGGAGGAGAAUACAAAAUUCGCUCCUCCAAAUGUGACUGCUGAAGCCAUACCCAAGCCUGCAGCUGUGACAGCUGAGGAAAAAAAGGACGGGACUCUUUGUGAUCAUGACUUAUCUGCUCCACAGCCUCAAACGCCGCCCUGUCAGUGUGUGCACGUCUGGAUCAGACAAACAUCAUGCUAUCAACAAUCCAUACAAACACGCUCAUGAUGAGUUGGCCUCACACGAAAUGUUGCUCUCUCCUCCCAUGUCUGAAAAAACUUCUGAGCCAAACGGGAUCCAUUUUAUGCAAUAUCGACGCGGAUCUGACCGUCACCAAGACUCAUGUGGGUGAGUUGUCUGUCCUCAUUGCCAGUAUAAAUGCUUUGAAGGAUAAAUGUAAAGAGACAUUGUCAGUCAGAGACCCUGACUCUUCCACACUCCCACAUAGUGACGUACACACACCCAAGCGAGACUCCACUUCUGAACGAGCCAAACUGACUCCACAGCGACCUCCAGCGAGCACUACAUUUAAAGUGACUCAGUUUACUCCUCAGCAGCUGCACCGUAUGACGUGAUGUUUUGGAAAGUACCAGCUACAUGACAACUAGUGUCACACCCACUGAAGGCAGACUGCUCAUGAUGAGGCUCGAUGCUGCCCUCUCAUGCCCCAAGAAGGGAAAGGCUGGACCCUACGAGAUCAUGAGGAGGCUUUCGACCGGAGCCUCCAAGGACUCGGAAGGGCUUUAUCGAUUACACUGAGAGAAAGUGGCUGCACCAUCUUCCAUCCUUCUCCGCCUGUGUGAAGAGCUUCAUGGUUCAGGUCGCACUCUCACUGACUCAAGUAGUCGACUUUACUGGCACCCAGAGCUACUGGCCGUCCGUGAAUAUUAUGUCGAAACAUGCCCCACCUGCUCCAAAUUUAAGCAGGCUAUCAAAUUUGCGAUGGGUGCCUACCCGGUCCCGCCAUGCCCAUGGGCGGAACUGGUUGUUGUGUGGUUGUUGUAUCCUAUGUUUCAGGGCCGUGAUUCACCAUUGUAUCAACCAGGCCUUCAGCGACAUGGACAAAUUCUCCAUAACUAGUACCCUUCAUUAAAAAAUAAUAACAAAAAAAGCAAAACACACUUAUGAAGAUAAUCUAGUAAAUGCCUGGUGACGUGAUGUCACAUGAUGUCAGUUCUAACACUGACACUGAAAAAAAACAAACAAAAAAAACCCCACUGACACUGAAACUACAUUGCAAUAAUUUUUGCACAUUCCCUUUUUUUUUAAAUAUUUGGCAAUAUUACUCAAAAAAUUGCAAUCUUUUACGACUAUUUCUGGUUCUAUGAUUGUCAUCACAUUUUUUCUUUUUUGCUACAAGUAUCACUGAAGGACUACACACACACACACACACAAAAUGAAAUGAUUUAGAUGCUGACUGAGCUGAAGUCUUGUGGGAUUUGCUGACGUCUUGGUGAUGACGAUUUGAAUUGUUGUUUUACUGCAACUUUAGAUGCUUAUUUUUACUCUUCUUAUGUCAGCUUGCAGGAACUCUGACGUGCUGCUUUCUACUUGUUCUUUUACAUCCUCAGCGAUAAUAAAAAGCACAGACUAAUUCAACCUAAGAUCACAGUGACAGCAGCUUUAAAGCUCAGCUUAACACAAUGCAAUUGACUUGUCAGGCUUUUCAUUUGUAUGCACCCACACACACACACACACACACACACACAUACAUUGAAGAAGUAACAAGUCACAACACUGACCCGACUGAACAUGUUGUACUAGUGCAGGGUAGUCAAAAGUGCAGCCCAUGGCUUUUUAUUGGCCCUUGGCACGUUCUAAAAAUACAAUUAAGCAAGAAAAUGGAAAAGAAAUAUUUUACAAGAAUAAAAAUGAAAUAUUAAGAGAGUAAUGUCAUAAUAUUAAGAAGAAAAUAGCAUAAAGUAGAAAUAUUAUAGGAAAAAAGUUGUAAGAUUAGAAACUAACAAAAAAAGUUGCAAUUUUUAUAAAAUUAGGUUGGGGAAAAAGUUAUAAUAUUACUACAAUAAAGUCAAAAUAUUAUGAGAACAAAGUCAUAAGAGAAAAAAAUGUACAAGAAAAAUGUUUUUUAAAUAAAAAAUGUGUAAUGUCCGUACUAAUACACUUUGUCGCAGUUAACACAAAGUUGUGAUUUUCUUUAAAUAUAAAAAUAAACAUCUUUGCAUAUCCACAUGGGUUAGUUUAGAACAGGGGUCGCCAACAUCAACACAGGUCGCCCCUAAAGACCACACGAGUCACCCAGCGGCCUGUUUUAAAAAUAGCUCAAAUAGCGCCACUUACCGGUGAGCGGCAUCUAAUUUGUUCCAUCUAAACUGGAAAUGACAAUAUAUAUAAAAACUAGGGCUGUCAAACAAGUAAAUGUUUUCAUCACAUUAAUAACAGUUUUCAAAUUAAUUAAUCAUGAUUAAUCACCAUGUCACACUUUGUUACCUUAUAUUACCUUAUAAUUUUCCUAUGUAUUUGAAACUAGAAAAGAGUACAUUUAUAAUACAGGAAGUGAACAAAUGUAUUGCAAUUGAUGUGAAACGGAUGGGAGGGUAGGAUUAAAUAAGCUUUGCUUCUUUCUACUCCUUUUGGACAGGUAGAACAGUGAAUUGUACUAUAUGAUGUAUUCCAAUGUAACUUAUAUGCAUGUUCAAAAUCAAUUCAACCAUUACCAUUACCAUUAUCAUGCCUGAAAUAUGCCCAGUUUUACUGUAUUUUAUUGAAAGACAGAUACAUGUGCAGGAUUAUAUAUAUGUUCAAGAUUCAAGAUUCAAGAUUCAAGAGAGUUUUAAUGUCAUGUGCAUGGUAAAACAGCAGUUAUACUAUGCAAUGAAAAUCUUAUUCUGUUCAUUCUCCCAUGUGUAUGUAUUAACGGCGCCAAAUUAACUUAAAAUCAAGUUAAGAAAUGGCACACAUGUCUGAAAAUGUAUUUACCCAAUACUGAUUUCUUUAACAGCAGAAUAUUUGAAUCAGACUGUUAAUUGUUAUUAUGAGCAAUGAGGAGUGGCGUUCAAAGACACCACGUCCGUUGAGUUGAUGUCACAUGUUUUGAGUGAAUUUUAUGGGAUUUCCGAGCACACUUAAAUGCAUCAAAUUGUACUUCUGCAUUAAGAGUUACAAAGUGAGUACCCACUUAUUGACUUUCAUUGCAUUUCUGUUGAUUUAGAGCGCCCAUACACGCAUAAUAAAGACGUUGUUGUGAUGCUCGGAGUGUCAGUGAACGCAUCUGUCUCGUAACGAUGAGGAAGUGUUGCUGCAAUGAAUGGACUAGAGACUUGUUUGGAGUUGGAGAUACAUAUAUGGGGUUGGACUGCACCGCUGUUGAUGUGUUCAGAUGAUAUUUAUGCCGAAUGACAUUGAUCCCUAAGAGACCGCCCGCCCCCCGGGAACCAGGCAAGGCUGGCUGGCACACUUUGAACUUCUUCCGGCUCUUUUUCUCCCCUCCCUUCCCCGGUGUAAGGUGACCAUGGCCGC